GCCGUUUUAUCAGCCAGUGUUUUCAUUUAUUUUACGCCCCUUCUGGUCCUACACGGUGAUUCCAAUGCUUCAGAGGCGACGGUCUUUGAGUAAAGGAGCACCAUGACUUUGACCCGAGGAUCUUUUACCUAUGCCAGUGGGGAGGAGUACCAUGGUGAGUGGAAAGAAGGACGGAGACAUGGCCUUGGCCAGCUUAAGUUUCAUGACGGAACAUGCUACACAGGCCAGUUCGAGAACGGACUCUUUCAUGGUUCUGGUGUGCUGCUUUUUACAGACGGAUCCAGGUAUGAAGGAGAAUUUGCUCAUGGAAAGUUUCAGGGUUCAGGAGUCUUUAACCGGUACGAUGGCAUGAAGUUUGAAGGAGAAUUCAAAGAUGGGCGAGUCGAGGGAUAUGGACUAUUGACGUUCCCUGAUGGAACCCAUGGUGCACCACGGAAUGAGGGCUUGUUUCAAAACCACAAGCUGCAGAAGAGAGAGAAGUGUCCAGGAGUAGUGCAGCGUGCUCAGGCUUCAGCCUCCAGUGCUCAUAGUCUUGCACAAUGACUUCUUUAAGACCUUAAACAUUUUGGAAACUGUUUCGCAGCACCUUCCAGACGGGCCUUAAGGGUGAACGUUUCAAAUGACAUUAUCUCUUUAUGUGAUUUUUAACCAUUUCUCUUUUUAAGAAAUUUUACCAUCCUCAUCUUUCUGCACUUACAGUACCUUAAUGCAAAUGAAUUUCAACGUUUUUGGAUGUCUUUCUAUGAAAUGAACAACUCCACAAUGUGCACCUUUAACUUAAUGAGUAGUAUAAGCAGGUAGAAUUGCUGUCUCUCAUAUUAUAUAAAAAAUUCUUUUUAUGAAUGAUUGAUAUUUCUGCUGAAUGGAUAAAUUACUUUAAAAAAAUGCUGCUUUGCACUAAAGUAGCUUAAAACAAAGUACAUAUCUUGCCUGCAUGUAAAAGAAAGAAUGUACAUAUUUAAUUAUCCACAUUUGCCUUAAAGACAUUUUCACACAAUCACAUGCUUGGUGGGUGACCGGAAAAUGAUCAGAUGAUGAACAGCAUCCUCUCUUCACCUUCUCGCUGCAUGACCUGCCCUAAAGUGACUAUCAGCUUAAGGAGUUCGUCUUUUUUUGAGAGUUUGUUUUAGCUACCAUCUUUUACAUGUCUUCUUUUCAAUAAACCUCUUACUCCCUGCAGAGAUGAUAAGGAAAGAGGUUUUUGCUCUGACAAACUUUAAAGAUCAUCACAGCUCAGCAUCUGUAAAAACAUCUUAUAGCCGUCUCAUGCUAAUAAGAGGUUCUCUUACCAACCAUCAUCAGCCUGAGGCCAUCAUGUAUAAAUAAGUGAGACAAUUUCUAGGAAUUUGAAAAACAUUGAUUGGGUGAGCUUCUUUGAAUUUUUCGUGAGUUUUCUCUACACCUAACGGAGUGAGAAUAAUGUAUGCAUGCUCAAAAAUAUAUUUAUAACCACUAAUAUUUGUUUCAUUUAUAUACAUCCCAGCAUGUUGCAAAGAAAGCAAAUUACUUUCGGCAGUCAACGUAACACAGCAAUAUUCUGGAUGGUGAUCUUACCUUUUAUGUCUUCUUUUAAAUUAGAUGGAUCUUUGGCAAUAGAUCUGCCUGCAGUCGAACUCUGAGUAUUUAAAUGUAAAACCUGCUUUAUUAAUUCCAAAAAAUAUUAUGGAUUUUUAUUUGGAAUCAGAGUGUGGUUGGGAUACCCAACCCGUAUCCUACCUGUUGUCAAUCAUUCUGGUGAUUUGUUUAAGGCCGUCCUACCUGCUCGUCCCCAUUUUCACUUACCAGUGGUAAGUCUGACAUAGUUGAAAAACUACAAAUCUUUUGGAAAGUAAGCUUGUAUUAGCAAUCCAAACAGCAACUUUUAAACGGAGCGUGCACGAGGAGAAAUGGGCUUGUGCAUGCUCUCACACGCUUUUAAUAGGCGUUCCCUGUUGGGAGCGGGUACAGGAUUGUGCCUUUAAAGCUUGGUAUUCUUUUUGAGUAAGCUGUAAAUAUUGUAAAGCUUCAGACUUUAACCCCGAAAGUUCUCCUUAGAUAUCCUGACUCUUUUUUUUUUCAUUUGAGAUGACGAGAAAAACAGUGACACAACUGAGUGUUUAAACUGAGCAACAAUACCAAACAUAGACAUUUUUUUUGGAAUGGAUAAAACAGACUGUGUAAGGAAAACUUGUAGAGCCUACCAGGAGGUCAAGCGGUUGAAAUAUUUCUUCCAAUUCCAGCUGAAAUUAAGUGUAUUGAUGGGUUAAAAGUGUGCAUUUAUCUCCCAAUGUCAAUAAUUAAUCCAAAUAAGAGUUUGGGGAGUAUAGAUUAUUUUAAUACUGUAGUAAAUGUGCCAGGGCCAGUUUCCUGCACCUCUAGAUGUGUCCCUGGCUUAGCACUCCUGAAUCAAUUACUUAUCCUUAACAGGAUCUUUUGUUUCAAGAUAUUGGCUUUCAAGGAGUUUUUCACCCCUGUUAUAAAGUUAAUCCAGAUUGAAUUGAAAUCUGAUCACCAUGUGCUGAUACUAAAAAUUCAUCACAGUUAUGUAUUGUAUUAUUGUUCCAGUAUUGGUAAAAGGUGGUUUAAUAUCAUCAUAUACACAAUGAUGGUGGGUGAAUGCAAAUUUUUCACCAGCACUGCAUCGGAAUGCAUUGCAUUUAUGGACCUAAAUAACUUAGGCAGCUAAAUGAAAAAAUGAAUAAUUAAAGAGUUAAUCUGCUCUAAUAUAUGUUUUCUGAGUGUAAGAUGUAUAUAUAUUAAUUGUUGUAUCAAUGUUGUUUUCUUUUAUUCUAAAAACUGGUGGAAAAAUGUGUAACUGUUUUUAAGAUGUUCAAUGUUUAGACACAUCUUUUAUCGCAGCUGAUUACAUCUAGGUGUUAAUUCUGUUUACUUGAAUAUUCAAUAAGCCUUACGAGACAUCGGUAUAGAAGACAUUUUUUGAUGUAUUAUUGCCUGCAAAAUCAACCAAAGACAAUCCUAUGGCACAAGAAAUGAUGAAGCCAGAGACGGUUAGCAAUACCAACAAACGGCCUUUAGAGGCUAACGGUGAGGAUAAAUCCACAAGGAAAAAUACAUCAGGGUUAUAAGGACAUAAUAUGGAAAGAAUGAUUAAUUGAUUAAAGAAGGAUUUCUAAGUUAGAUUAGAAAGUCACGAAAAAUAAAUAAAAGGCCAGGCCCCUAUGGUUACUUUAAUGUAUUAGUUAUGUUACAAAUGAAGACAGAAAAAUUGACCAGAAAAAAAAUUGACCUGUUUGGGUAUAAUAACCACCAUUUCACCACAUAAUUGAAAUUAUGCUGCAUGUGUUAAUGUUGCAUUUAUUCACUCACUUUUGCAAACUGAUUACACGAAAGUUAUGCUUCCAUCUAAAGCUGGAAACAAAUGGUGCUUUAAACGUGUGCCUGUCUGUGAUCUAAUCUGGCCUGUGAAAAGGAAAAAAAUGUUGUCAUGGUUACUUUUUCGGGGGAUUGUUAACCAUGUUGUAUGAGUGGUCUUUCUUCUGUUUUCACUGAAUAAGUGUGAUUAUUA